ACACUCUCGCUGUGUACCGUGAUAAACAAAACAAACCCCCGACAGCGCGACCGGAGCGGACCUACGGCAAGCGUAAACCGAUUGAAGCCGGGGGUGUAGAAAUUAGUGUCUAAACGAAACUCUUCCUAGCAGCUGGCACACGCGGUCUGUCUGGUGCUGGUAGAUUCUAAGAAAAGUGCACCCGCACUAGGUUCGGUUUGCGUUUUUGCGACUACUGUUACCAUAGAAACGCAUUCGCUUACUAUCACUUCCCUCUUUCACGCGUGGUUAAGGAAAAAAGGGGUAGCAGGGCAAAGAAAGAAGAACCCUCCAACUUUCCUCUUAGUAGACCGACGGACCCGCACUUUCACUCGACCCGGUGGUAGCUGUUGGUGAUUCACUAACUCAUAUUACGGGCCAGUCAAAGGCGAACCGUCCAGACGGAUCGAUCAACAUUUUCGGAUGGUGUUUUUUUUGUUUUGUUCACCUCAGUCGUAUCAUCGCUCAUUUGCCGUUUAGCGCGAGUGAAAAUCGAUAUCGUACCAUAGCCGGCAGCACCCGCGUAACACACUGCGAGAAUCGCUAACGAGAACCAGUGAAUCAGUGUCAUAAAAGUGGUCAACCAAGCUUGAUUGGUUGCCGUAGUCGAUAGACGUACCACCACCUGUCGGUACUGUCGCGGGAUUCCGCGAAAACACGCACCGCGCAAAGAGGCCGAAAGCAGGGAAACGCACUGUACGCGAAAACACUUUCGCGCGCUUCCAGCCGCACCGAACGCGUAAAGAAUAUUUAACGCACCCUUCCUGUGCACACAGCACAACGGUGAAACUUUCGGCCAGGCCCACCCACAUUCGACCAUUAGUGAGUUUUUUUUACCCCAUUAGUUUGAUCCGUGCAGUGGCAGUUUGCGGAUGCGUUGCAGCUAAUCUUGCCCGAGAGUGACAACUUGAUAGUGAGUGUGUGCUCGUUUGUUAGAAUGUAUCUAACGGUGUAUGUAACCAUUUCCGGUACAUGCUUUAAUGUCCGAUGAGCAUAGUGAGCAGUAGUGAACAAUUAAAGUGUGUGUGUGUGUUUGUGCGAAUUUAUGUAUGAUAUAGUGUGGCGGUGAUAAGCGUGUUCGUCGGUGUGGUUGUUUGUUGUUGCGCCAGAGUGCUUAUCAUAGCGCAGUGUGUAGUGUGACAAACGUCACGGCAAUAGUUCGCUUCACACAUCGGUGAUGAGACGAGCAUAAUGGCUGGAAGAAGGAACUUCAGUUGCUCGAAAAUGAGUUGGAACGUGCUAGUAGCGGUGGUGCUUACUGCUUUAUCAUUUCUGCCCUCUUGCCGACCUGUUCCUGUUUCGGUGAAAAAAGGCCGCAGCAGCUUCACCAUCGGUAACUGUGUCUGGGUCGUCGAUCGGCCCUGCCCGGAUAGUGAUAUUCGGUUUUAUCUCUUCACCCGCUCGAAUCCGGACGAUCGACAGUACAUCCACAUUGACGAGACCUGGGAACAGUCCAAUCUGAGCUCGUCGUACUUCAAUCCCUCCCAUCCGGUGAAGGUCAUCAUCCAUGGGUACAAUGCGGACAUGUUCCUAACUCCUUUGAUAAACAUGAAAGGAGAGUACUUGUCCCGUGCGAACUACAACCUAUUCUACGUCGAUUGGAGUGAUCUUGCGCACGGUCCAUGCUACCCGUCCGCCGUCCACAAUACACGCCACGUGGGCAAGUGCAUCGGGCAGCUGGUGCAGCGUAUUAUCGAUGCCGGCACGGACAACAUACAUCUGGUUGGGUUUUCUCUGGGUGCACAGGUGACCAACUACGUGUCGACAACGGUGCGACCGUUCCGGCUGAAGCGUAUUACGGGGUUGGAUCCAGCGAUGCCCCUGUUCAUUACGGCCGCACCGGACGAUAAGCUAGAUCCUACCGAUGCCGAGUUUGUCGAUGUGAUCCACACGAACGCUUUGGUGCAGGGGAAGAUCGAACGGUGUGGACAUGUGGAUUUUUACGUUAAUGGAGGAAUACUGCAACCUGGUUGUUGGGGCUCCGGACAAAACCCAAUGGCAUGCAGUCAUCAUCGCGCACCAGAUUAUUAUGCCGAAUCGAUCCGCAGCCUUACCGGCUUUUGGGGCUGGAGCUGCCAAAGCUACGUGUACUAUCUGCUUGGCUUUUGCCCACAGAAUAAUGCGCAAGUCAUCGCCGGGGAAGAUUGUCCCACCGGUACCGAGGGCAUGUUUAUGAUAACGACCAACCCUGCUUCUCCGUUUGCAAUCGGUCGGUGGGCUGGUUUUAGCAUUCCCCAGAAGAAAGAUGCCAUUCUGAACAAGCACGGGCUGAAUCGGGACCCAUUCAUCAGCGAUAUCGAUCAGUGGGGCAAGCUCGAUAGUUCCUUCAACAAUGUGGACCACUUUCCUACCCCUUACUCACAGGAUCCAAACCACCAGGGCUCGCAGGGCGGAGAGGAUGAUGAGUGGCCAUACUUUAACCAUGUCGGAACAAGCGACCUGACCAAGGAACACAUCAGGAAAAUUCUAGAGCAAGACAAAUCACGCUACAGUGGUGACGCGUUGCCAGCGGUAAAGAGCACCCUGGCCACGACGAUCCUUCCAGCGGUGGCGCCCCCUAGCGACAACGACAUUGACGAUGCGUUCUACUUGCAAGAUUUACGGCGCCGAUUGCAGCAGAAGGAAGCGAGCGUUAUGCAACGCUACACGAUGCCAAUGUUUAAUGCACAUUAGUGCAGUUUCGGUCGCCACUAUGUCUGCACUGUGCACCCCAAAACCCCCCGCAUCAAUUAUCGUACUCUCGUGUGUUGUACGUCGUUGUUUCCCGGGGCACAGGCGGAGCCACAAGUCAUCUUUAUCUAAUUAAUGAGUCUCGCACGCCCAGUUCACUGUAAAAAGUAGUGUAGAAAGUGAAGCUACAGUACAGUCAGGAACCGGUUCUUUCGGAGGGAUGGGUGGAUAAAAAAAAGAAACAGGAAAUUAAGUGUCACACUCGCUUACCUUUGACGCAUCGCACCCUGUCCCACCUCAGAAACUUUGAUUCGUUCCGUUCUGUUCGUUAACCCAUUGUCAGCUGCUUUUGCGAGGGGCCUAGUUGCUACCCACCCUCCCCCCGAUAACUUCACUUUUCCUUGGCGUUGGAUAGUGGCGUUCAUGCGUGCAGUCAAAAUGGCUAUCCAAUCAACCCGGUUAACCACAUAUUCUAAUCAAACCUGCUUAGAACGGUUAGACGGUAGAGUAAAUACAAAAAAAAAGAAAAAAAAAGAUUCCACCCAAUGUGGCAGGUCCGCAAUCGGCUUAUCUCGGUACAAUGCUGGCACUAAAACGAAGCGUUUCGUUUGCUCCCCAACCCGGUUUCGGUGGUGACUCUUAUAAAUUGUCCUUCCUGGUUGGCGAUCGCUUUAGUGUGUUUCGGGGACGGUUUUUGUGCAGGCAAGCAAGUCAGUUUUGCGGCUUUUAGCGUACGAUCACCAUGGUGAUCUGGAGCAGCGUGACGAUCGUUGCAGUACUUCUGCUCGCAGGAGGUUCGUAGCCGUUUGUUCGUAGUGUAUGACAGUGCCAUUUUAGAGUGUAUGCCUGUUUUUUUGUUGUUAUACUGUGAAUGAUUAGGAGAUUGUGUAACAUUGGAUUUUAAAUCUUAGUCUUAAGUGUAUCGUGUGAAAUGCACAGUUAGAGAAAGCACAAGUGUAUGUAAUUGUUUGAUGGUGUGGAAUAAGGCAACUCCGUUUUGAAGAGUUUGGUAAAGGCAAAUACGAAGAGUGGACAAUAAAUAAAAGUGCAUAUCAUAAUAGUUACAUUAUAA